AACUUCGAGAACGAUACAUUUCGAGUUCGACUUAAUGCCUGUUUUUAGAUAGGAAUAUCAAAGAAGAUCUAUAGUACGAUAGAAAGCAUAUCGAGUUUCAUUAUGUAUGCAAUUUAAAUUUUGUCGUGGUUUGUCGUUUGUUCGUUUGUUCGUCAUGCUCCAUCUAUAUUUCGCAUCCAUUAAUUUCUCGCUAUUAUGCAUUUUUCCUCGCAUCUGCAAUCGCGCCUGUAUCCGCACGAGACAGAUACUAUAAACGUAAAAAGACAUCCUACCGUCUAUAGCCAAGGUGUCAAACAGUUUAGAAACAUCAAAGAACAUGGUAUCAGAGGAAACGAAAUACGAUGAUAUCUGUUUAUCACCUGAAUGUAUUCACAUAGCCUCCAAAAUAAUAAAAAACAUGAAUCCUAAUGUGGAGCCCUGUGAUGAUUUUUACAAAUUUGCCUGCGGUGGCUUCCUCGAAUCCAGGAUUCCUGACGAUAAAACUAAUGUAUCUACGUUCUCUAUUAUCGAUGAUGAUCUCAAAAAACAACUACGGCUUAGUAUCGAACAGCAGAGUCCUCCAAACGAAUUGAGACCAUUUAGACUUGUCAAGGAUCUCUACAAGGCCUGCAUGAACAAAACCGCUAUUGAGCAAAGAGGCUUGACACCAUUAUUGAACAGCCUAAGGAAACUCGGUGGCUGGCCCGUUUUAGACGGGAAAAGAUGGAACGAGGACUACUUUACUUGGAAUGAUUCCGUCUACACAUUCCGUAGAUUUGGCUAUCCCAUUGAUUACUUCAUCAAUUUCAGAGUGGAUAGCGCCAGGGUUGAUUUGAAACAUUUGAUCAGCCUCGAUCAAGCAUCCUUUGGACUUUCGCACGAAUAUCUGUCGAAUGGUUUUUACGAUAAAAUUGUCCAGGCAUAUUACAAGUACAUGGUAGACAUCGCUGUAAUUCUCGGAGCUAAUCCAGACCGAGCCCGCAUUGAACUAAAAGAAUCACUUGAAUUUGAAAUUAAACUCGCAAAU